UCUACCCUGACAUUUGUACUAUCAGCCUUGUAGCCGUGAGUGAUGUCAAUAAACAUGCUGAUAGAAUUGCUUUUUGGGAUGAUGUCUAUGGCUUCAAGAUGUCCUGCAUGAAGAAAGCUGUUAUUCCAGAAGCUGUUGUGGAAGUUUUAGAUCCAAACACUCUUAUUUCAGAACCUUGUGGUAUUAAGCAUAUAGAUUGCCAUACAACAUCUAUCUCAGAUUUGGAAUUUUCUACAGAUUUUGCUCUGAAAAUCACAAAGACAUCCAUGUGCACGGCAAUUGCUGGCUACUUUGACAUAUACUUUGAGAAGAAUUGCCACAACAGGGUCGUGUUCUCUACGGGCCCCCAGAGUCCCAAAACACACUGGAAACAAACAAUAUUUCUAUUGGAAAAGCCAUUUUCUGUUAAAGCAGGUGAAACCUUGAAUGGAAAGAUCACUGUUCACAAGAACAAAAAAGACCCACGUUCUCUUAUUGUGACCCUCACAUUGAAUAAUUCAACUCAAACGUACGGUCUCCAGUAAAAAAAAAAAAUGCCAUAAAAGCUUGUAGUUUAUAAUGUGGGGUAGAGUGGGUCAGUAGGAGGGAGUAGAUUUUUAAGCAAGCAGAUGGAUGCUGGAUCCUUUCCAAAUGAGUCUUCUCAAUAAGAAAGAAGCAUAGUAGAAAUCGGAUGUUCAUCUGAGAAAGGGAACCAGCUGAUCCCAGUGGUCAUUUCCUUAGAAGUCUGCUCUACGAGUUUUAACCAAAUGCAACCCCCAUAUUUAGCUUUGCUGUAUUGAAAAUCACUUAAAUUGGCCUAUAUUUGGAACAGAAAUACUCUUUUGUUGUUUUUAAUAAGUUUCUUACUAUAAAUUUUAAACAAUAGUAAUUGAUUCAUUAUUUGGAUGUUUUAUGAAUCUAGUAACAAUCACAUUUUAUUGCAGAAUUCUCUCUGCAGAGUUUUUAAUUGUAUAUUUUCUAGAAUAUCAGGAUAUAAUUAAAAAGUGUGAGAGACUAAAAGAUGGAAAAGAACAUCAGCCUUAUCAUACAAAUCUGUGCGAAGACAGCUGAAUUGAGCGUCCUGUCUGGCAGACCCAUCAUUCUCAUUUUGUAGUUUCUUCCCUCUUUGUGAAUAUUCUUUAGCCACAUAGAUUACUAGUGUUGUCCAGGAAAUCUGAUUUCAAUAUCUUUAUCCUAGGUUUCAUAAAAGUUUUUAAAAAUUGGGAUAAAUAUGUACUUAUUUACUAAUAUAGUAUCUUUUUUCAAACUAGAUUUGUGUGCAAAGGUUAAACAUGUAACUUAAUGUAUUUGUCACUAUAAAGUUGUGUAAUUUACAAUUAUUGAUUCAAUUUGAAAUGCAGAAUAAAAAGCAUUCAAUAAAAUGUAUAAGGCAACUACAAAUUGA